AUGGCCGAAAAGCAACAUCACAUCUUGGAGUCAGCUGAGGAACCUCUCCCGGUUCCUACUAAAGAAGCAAGCUACGUCGAGCAUGAUCUUGAGGACCAACGGCCGAACCUACACCACGUACGGUCGCAUGUCUCUACACACGACGCAGCCGAUACUCAUCAAAAUCCACACUACGAGCACGGUGACGAGAUCUACGACCGCUUACCAUCGAGCCGUAAGAUCGUCAUUGUGUCCAUCCUCUCUUUCUGCUCGUUCCUGGCUCCUAUAAGCUCUACCAGUAUCUUAGCGGCGUCUCCCGAAGUUGUAGCAACGUUCAACACUACCGGCGCUAUCUUCAAUAUCUCUAACGCACUAUAUAUGGUAUUUAUGGGUCUUUCACCACUGUUAUGGGGACCAAUCGGCCAGACAUUUGGACGAAAGUGGCCCCUGGCGAUUGCCGCAAUCACUUUUACUGCCUUCAGCGCCGGUUCUGCGGCAGCACCGAGCCUUGCGGCAUACUUCGUCUUUCGCAUGUUGACAGCGUUUCAAGGGACUACCUUUCUGAGCGUCGGAGCCGCGGUCAUUGGGGACAUCUACCGACCAGUCGAACGAGGAACCGCCUACGGAUGGUUUCUAAGCGGAACGCUGAUAGGUCCAGCCCUGGGUCCAUUCAUUGGCGGCAUCAUCGUUACCUACCGGCCAUGGCGGGACAUCUUCUGGCUACAAACCGCCCUUGCAGCCGCGGCGUCAGUGCUUGUGGUGGCGUUGUUGCCAGAAACGAUCCAUCAUGCUCGUAAAGCGGACCUUGUUGGACUCUCACGACCUCAAAAAGUGCGCAAGCUCUGGUUGUGGAUCAAUCCGUGGAGGGUGAUCAAGCUUUUCCGCUUCCCAAAUCUACUUAUUGCUGGUAUAGCUAGCAGUAGUCUCGUUUUCAACAUGUAUAGCCUGCUUACACCGAUCCGCUACGUCCUAAACCCACGGUUUGGGCUAACGUCGCCGCUACAGUCUGGGCUGUUCUACAUUGCACCAGGCUGCGGCUACCUUGUGGGCACCUUUUUCGGCGGACGAUGGGCCGAUACGGUGGUUAAGAAGUGGAUCGAGAAGCGCGGUGUACGCGUACCGGAAGAUCGGCUGCACUCAUGCUUGACCGCCAUGGGAGUCGUGAUACCGGCAUGUAUGCUCCUUUAUGGCUGGUCUAUCGAGAAGAGAGUCGGCGGCAUCCCAUUACCGGUCAUCGUGAUGUUUGUGCAGGGCGUUGCGCAGCUGUUCUGCUUCCCAAGCUUGAAUACUUAUUGUCUGGAUGUCAUGCAAAAGCAGAGCGCUGAGGUGGUGGCUGGCAACUAUGUGAUACGAUACUUCUUCGCUGCUGCGGGUUCGGCUGCUUGUUUGCCGGUCAUCGAAGCCAUAGGAGUCGGUUGGUUCAGCACUAUCAGCGCGGCUUUCUUGGUUCUGGCGGCUGCCGGAGUCUUACUCACGGCCAAGUAUGGACCGAAGUGGCGAGAGGCUAUCAGCAAGGACAAGGAGGAAGAAUAAGUGUUAGGACACCACGAAUUGUCUGGCAUAGUGGUGGCGUUCUGGGAAGACAUUCGAUACCCAUUAUAUAGAAGCGAUGCGAUGGCGUUAUCCGAGGCGACAGAGCAACAAGCAAGGCGUCACAGCUUCUUGCGACCAUCCCGUUCGCGUGACCACAGACGUCGCGUUUGAUAGUUUCGAA